AUGUGGGAUGGUAGAGCUUGGGAGGGGGAAGUAUGUGGGGUGGGUGCUCAUUCUAUUACUUGUAAAUUUCUUGGCAAGACUCAGGACUAUAUAUGGCAUCUAUCAGCUGUAUAUGCUCCCAAUGAUAGAAGGGAUAGGGAAGAAGUGUGGUGGGAGUUGGCAGGGGUAAGGGGCCUCUUUUCUGGUCCAUGGGUGGUGUGUGAGGAUUUUAACAAUGUGAGAUAUCCUUCGGAAAAAAAAAAUUGUUCCAGAAUCUCAAGAGGAAUGAUGGAUUUCUCAAAUUUCAUUGAAGAUAUGGAGUUGGUAGAUAUGCAGCUAGCAGGGGGGAGUACACUUGGGAAGAAAGGGGAGUUCAGAAGCAUCAAACAGCAGAGGUUGCAAAGGGAGAAAUCAGAUCAUUUUCCAUUGAUGCUCAAAUGUGGAAGAUGGGAACCAGUCAAAUCAUACUUUAAGUUUGAAAAUUGGUGGUUACAGGCUGAGGGAUUUAAAGAAAGAAUUGAAGAAUGGUGGAAUUCCUUUUUUUAUGAAGGGAGACCAGACUUUAUACUGGUCUCUAAACUCCAAGCUUUGAAGACCAAGCUCAAAGAAUGGAGCAGAACCUUGCAAGGCAACCUAGCUUUGCAGAAGGCAAGUGUUCUCAGUCAACUUGCAGAGAUUGAAGGAAUUCAUGAUCAAAGGAGCCUGACUGAAGAAGAAAUCCUCUCAAAGAACUCAUUAUCACUGGAGUUUGACGAGAUUGCUAGUAAUGAAGAAGUAGAAUGGAGGCAGAGGUCCAGGGCUUUAUGGCUAAAAGAGGGAGACAAGAACACCAAGUUCUUUCACAGAACAGCUAAUGCUCAUAGAAGAUACAAUAAUAUAGAUCAACUGGUGGUAGAAGGGGAGUCUUUACAGGCUCCAGAAGACAUCAAAAGGGAGGUUAUCAGAUACUAUAAGAAGCUGUACACAGAGGAAGAAGAAUGGAGACCAACAGGGCCCAAUAGCAUCCAUCAAAUGAUUACAGAGGAGGACAACCUAAUGCUACAAAGCCCAUUUGGAGAACAGGAAAUAUGGGACAGUGUUAAGGCAUGUGCAGGGGAUAAAGCACCAGGACCAGAUGGUUUUUCAAUGGCUUUUUUUAACAAAUGCUGGGUAGUGGUAAAAAAGGAUGUUGUAGCAGCAGUCCAGAACUUCUAUGAGCAGGAAAUAUUUGAGAAGA